CCCGCACGGAAGCCAGAAUCACCUUGGGUCAGGGCGCCAAGAUGGCGUCCUCCGCCUCCGCUCGCACUCCGGCGGGGAAGCGAGUGGUGAAUCAGGACGAACUGCGGCGCUUGAUGAAGGAGAAGCAGCGUCUGAGCACCAACCGGAAACGGAUAGAAUCUCCAUUUGCGAAGUACAACCGUUUGGGGCAGCUGAGCUGUGCCCUGUGCAACACCCCGGUGAAGAGCGAGCUCCUGUGGCAGACUCACGUCCUGGGAAAGCAGCACCGGGAGAAAGUGGCCGAGCUGAAAGGCGCGAAGGAAGCCACCCAGGGUCCGUCCGCCAGCUCAGUGCCUCAGUCAGCCAAGAGGAAGGUGUCGGAGGCGGACGGUCAAGAUGCCAAAAGACCCAAGGCCUCCCCACUGCCCCAGGUACAGCCCUCCACAUCCGCUUUGUCCACCAACUUUGACAAAGCAGGGAAGGAGUCCACUAGAGCGACCCUCAUUAAGGUUUCAGGACUCGGUUUACUCCCUGAUUAUGAAGAUGAGGAAGAAGAGGAGGAGGAGGAGGAGGAGGGAGAAGGGAAAAGGGGAGACGCCGGCAAGCAGCCGCCCGAUGCACAGGGCAAGGAACACUCGCUUUCCUCCUCGAGGGAGGCAACAAGUAGUAUGCUGCCAAGCGGCUUCUCGGAUACAAAUCCUCCCAAGGCCCCUUUAAUUCCUCAUUCAGGGUCCAUUGAGAAAGCAGAAAUACAUGAAAAAGUAGUGGAAAGGAGAGAAAACACAGCGGAAGCAUUACCGGAAGGCUUUUUUGAUGACCCUGAAAUAGACGCUAGGGUUCGAAAGGUUGAUGCCCCAAAGGAUCAGAUGGACAAAGAGUGGGACGAAUUUCAAAAGGCCAUGAGACAGGUCAAUACCAUUUCCGAAGCCAUAGUUGCUGAAGAGGAUGAGGAGGGACGGUUGGACCGGCAAAUUGGGGAGAUCGAUGAGCAGAUAGAAUGUUACCGUCGGGUGGAAAAGCUUCGGAAUCGCCAGGAUGAAAUUAAAAAUAAGCUUAAAGAAGUUCUAACUAUAAAAGAACUGCAGAAAAAGGAAGAGGAGAAUGUUGACAGCGAUGAUGAGGGAGAACUACAAGAUUUGUUGUCUCAGGAUUGGAGGGUAAAAGGGGCUUUAUUAUAGGGUUUCAAAGACCCAAGAUUUCUACACCCUCUACAGUGGUACCAAAAGUGCUGUCUCUGGAUAUGAUCUUGGUUACUUCAUGCCUAACUGGGUUGUUAAGAUACAAUGAACCUGUGAAGAUAGCACUUUGGAAAGUUGGUGUAAAAUAUUUUUGAGGUAAAGUUGUUUUUGAAAUUUUUCAAGUAUUACAUAGUGUAUUGCCAACUUUUUACACAUUUACUCAAGUGUAUAACUUUGAGUUAAGUCUGUAAGCUGUAAAUGUUGUACAUAGUUAAAUAUAUAUUUACUUAAGUAA